AUGCGGACCUGCGAUGUGGCGUAUGAGACAACCUUCUUCCGCGAAUCCGAGCACUUCCUCUUAAAAGCUCUUAGGGCACAGCUCACUGCGCCGGUCUCCAACUACACCCGCCUCAGGAUCCUUUACCUCUCUCACAACGACGUCUCCGGCGAGUUUCCGUCAGGAAUUGCUUCUCUUAAGCAUCUACUGAGGCUUGACCUUUCUGACAACAACAUCCACGGUCCCAUUCCCAACCAACUCUCUUCCUCAGUUCACCUUCUCACGCUUCGUCUACAGAACAAUGUGCUCUCUGGGCAAGUUUCGGAUCUCUCUGUUCCGCUCGUUAAUCUCCCAGACGUCAAUUUCACCAACAACGAGCUCUACGGAAGCUUACCCGAUGGGAUGUUGAAGAAAUUCGGCGACAGAACCUUCUCUGGGAACGAAGCUUUGUGUGGCUCAGCCCCAUUCCCAAUUUGUUCCUUCACAGACAGCCCUUCUUCUGCAUCACCAUUGGACGCAACCUCCUAG